AACACUGUCCCGUUCUGAUUGACUUCCGUUUCUUUUUUAUUUCUGCUACAUAGGGAAUUGCUUCAUAUCAGAGCUUGGAGAUAUGCUCCUCACCCUCAAACCUCCCGCGCAGAACGGCAUCAAAGGCCCUCAUGAAUACUCCAUUGUUCGCCAGUCCAUUCCAACCCCGCGGUCUUCUCCGCCCUCCGUCCCUGAUCCCUCGUCGACUGCUUCCACUCCCACCAACACAGCUCCGCCCUCACGACAGCCCGCUAACCAUCACCGCUCCAUGGACUCGUCCCGCAGAGGACUGCCUCCGCCCUCGUCGAUGACCUUGCCUCCUCCCGAUGUUGGUCGGCCCACCAUGACCCCCGUGAGCCAGCUGCCUCCGCCUCCGCCGCAAUGGCAGAGCCCCGACGACUCGAUGCGCCAUUGGCUUCAGGCUCGUGCGGAGGAGGAUCGGAGGAAACAGGAGGAGGAAAGGACACGCCAGGAGACUCUCCGGUUGGAACAGCGUCGUAUUGAACAGGGCAUCAGUGGUGGCAGUCUGUCUCAGUCGGCCAUGGAGAUUGCCCAGCAGUUUCUCAACCAGCAGACCCCUGGCCGUGUGCCUGCGCCGCCAAUGCCUCAGCGACAGCCUUCCUCGGGCUUGGAUAUCUCUUCUUCUACCCUGCCUCCACCACCGCCGCCUUCGUCUAUGGCCCACCGUCGCUCACACUCUGGUAUGGGCGCUGACAUGCGGCGGGAUCCUCGUGUCGUGUCUUCUCAUCCAUAUGCUGCGCCUCCGCCUCCGCAGCAGGCCUUUGCUGGUCCCGGUGGCCCUUUGCCAUCACAGCCGUUGAAUAUACCCGUGGAAUCGUCUCCCACAAAGCCUUCUCUCUCUCGUCCCCCAUUAGCUGGUGGCCCGCCAGAUCCUAGGGUUCCAGCUUCAUCUCGAAUCCAUCCGGCCGAUAUGCAAACGCAGCACCCUCCGAUCAACCUCAGUAACGCACAAUAUGCCCCCGGAUCGUCCAUUCCUCAUCCCCCGCAGACAACGUCAAUCAAGCAGGACGCGCAUUCACGCCAAUCAUCCUCGUCUAUCUUCUUUCAUCACUGGGUCCCCCCAGGCCAUUCACAACAGCCUGCAGAGUAUCACAACUCCCCUGGUCGAAAACGAAAGGCACAAGGGCCGCACCAGCCACCUCCUCUUCCCUCAUCACGAACAUCAGAUGGCCUUUCAACUUUCUCUCAAUCCACCAGACAGAGUUCCCCUGGAGCAGGAGGCCGGAGGGGCCCACACAUGCAUCGUCGUCAGCAAAGCGAUGGCUCGUAUGAAUCACGAGCCCCAGACCACAUGGACUCGGAACACAGCAAUGGGCCGAGUCCCAUUCAUACCGCACCUCCAAGUUCGGUGCUAACACCGGGUGACUCGAGUCCGGAGAAAAGUCAAGAUCGUGUGGGUGGAGCAUCAGUGCCUGAGUCUCAAGAUGUAGAGCCCCCAACACAACAACAACCCCCUUUAAGCUCAGAGACUGCCUACCACUAUAAUACAAACAACGGAAACAAUCGACACUUGACGUCAGGAGCACCUCCAGAUGCAGCACCACCUUUGAAUGAUGGCGAUCAACAAGGGACCUCUCCUGGUAGCAGAGAAACACCGAGUUUCGUGUAAAAACGAAAGUCUAGUCUCCCCGCAGGUAUGAUCUUUGAGGAAAUACGCCAGUUUCAUACCAGACGAGUUCAUGAGGACAUCAUAUCAUAAAAGCUUUUGCUAUUUUUUCCUGGUUUAUUUAUUUCGGUCUGGGGCGGCUUUGGUAAUCUUUGUUUACAUUUACUAGCGAGGCUUUCUUUUCUUGUUUUGUUUCUCUCUACUCUUCGACGGCAGCUCGCCUCGACUGGCUCGUGGUGGGCAAUCGACCUUCUGACAUUUCGAUUUCGGUACUGCUUUGUCCCAAGCAGCAGGCAUGCUUGGAUGAUAUGAACGUUGACGUUACUAAAGAGAACAUAGACCUAGCUCUGAC